AAAAUCGAAGCAGGGCUUGGCAAAUGUCCCCAGAUUACUUCAAUUGGCAAAUUUCCAUGAAAUUUCGAUAGAGAAUUUCGUAAAAUCGAUGCCUUUUCUAAAUUUCCCCUCCGUAAUACAAGCAUUUGGUUUAGAUUCUUUAUAUCCCUUUGUGUUAUUCUAGUUAUAACCAGUUCAGUUAGGUUACCUGUAAACCAGUGAAAAGUGACUCGAAUAGUAGUUCAUCGGCAUUGAGUCCGCGCCAUUUUGCAGGACUGUACACGUUUUUGGUUUUUCAUUUAUAAAUUAUAAUCAAAAAUGUCAGGAGAAGAAACAUCUGCCGAUCGUAAUGUUGAAAUAUGGAAAAUUAAGAAACUGAUCAAGAGCUUGGAGUUGGCCAGAGGGAAUGGUACCAGCAUGAUUUCCCUGAUCAUACCACCUAAAGAUCAAAUAUCCCGAAUUAGUAAAAUGUUAGCCGAUGAAUUUGGCACUGCUUCUAAUAUUAAGUCUCGAGUUAAUAGGUUAUCUGUACUGGGUGCAAUCACAUCAGUCCAACACCGAUUAAAAUUAUACACAAAAGUACCACCAAAUGGACUCGUCAUUUACUGUGGAACAAUAGUCACUGAUGAAGGAAAAGAAAAAAAAGUAAACAUCGAUUUCGAACCUUUCAAACCGAUAAAUACCUCUUUGUACUUAUGCGACAAUAAGUUCCAUACCGAGGCGCUGACGGCCCUCCUAGCGGACGACAACAAAUUCGGAUUCAUAGUUAUGGAUGGUAACGGCGCAUUAUUCGGCACCCUGCAAGGAAACACACGCGAAGUCCUGCACAAAUUCACCGUCGACUUGCCAAAGAAGCACGGCAGAGGUGGUCAGUCCGCUCUCCGUUUUGCCCGUUUGAGAAUGGAAAAGAGACACAAUUAUGUCAGAAAAGUGGCGGAAGUAGCAACUCAGCUUUUUAUUACCAAUGACAAGCCAAACAUAGCUGGUCUAAUUUUGGCUGGUAGUGCUGACUUCAAGACUGAACUUAGCCAAUCUGACAUGUUUGAUCCUAGAUUACAAGCUAAAGUUAUUAAAUUAGUUGAUGUGUCUUAUGGUGGUGAAAAUGGUUUCAAUCAGGCCAUUGAACUGGCGGCGGAAUCGUUGCAGAACGUUAAGUUUAUCCAGGAGAAGAAAUUAAUUGGAAGAUAUUUUGAUGAAAUUAGUCAAGACACUGGAAAAUACUGUUUUGGUGUUGAAGACACAUUAAGAGGUUUGGAACUGGGAUCUGUUGAAACCCUCAUCUGUUGGGAAAAUUUAGAUAUUCAAAGAUAUGUUCUGAAAAACCAUACUGUAGGAUCAGAAACUGUUUUGCACCUGACACCUGAACAAGAGAAGGAUAAGUCUCAUUUCACAGAUAAAGAGAGUGGGGUCGAAUUGGAAUUAGUAGAGUGUCAGCCACUUCUGGAAUGGCUUGCUAACAACUACAAGAAUUUUGGUGCUACCUUAGAAAUUAUUACAGAUAAAUCACAGGAAGGAUCCCAGUUUGUCCGUGGGUUUGGUGGCAUUGGAGGUUUGCUACGAUACAAAGUUGACUUCCAGAGUCUACAGCUAGAUGACUUGGACAAUGUGGAGGAUUUUAAUUUAGAUGAUUAUUAAAUUCUAAUUUAUAAAACCAUUUAUCAUUGACAGCAUUUGUAGGAGUGAUGCCGUUAAAUGAACGUGCGAGUCUCUAUUUUGCUCAUGAUGCUUAAUCAAAGAUAUCAAAGACUAUAUAUAUUGAUUUAUUUAUACAUUUAUUAUAAUUAUUUUGAUAUCUUGUAUUUUGCAUUACACUACUAGACAUAACUUUCCUUAAAUUUUUUAUUUUGUUGUUAAAAUCUAUAUAUUUCAUCAAAUAGUUUACAUAGUUUUUUUUAUAGAUUUGUUAUCUUUAGUUAUAUUAAAAUCAUAGUAAUUUUGACAGUUUUACAUAUAUAUAAUUCAAAUGUAAUUGUAUAUGUAAUUAUCAACUAUGUUAAGCAUAAUGUCCUUAAACAAUUGCACAUAGGGAUGUGUAAAUAUAACAUUUUUUACUUUGAACAAACUGGACUUGUUCCUUGCUACUCCCAACCUCUUAUCGACGCUCUGUAUUUAAAAACAUUCCUCUAAUAUUGUUAUGGCAUCUACUUCUAUGAGAGCUUUUUACAGUAAUUAAAUAAAAAACAGCUUAUAAACACUCGCAUAUUUAUUUUACUAUUGCUAUAUAAUAAAAACACAAGUCUGAUUUUAGGGUAAAUAUGUGUAUGUUUAUUUGCUAUAAAUUAAUUUUUGGGCCAAUUUAUUGUAUUAAAUAUUUUGAGAGUUUUUCAUAUUGUAUCAUUUAUUUUAAUUGAAGACAAAAUUUUAUCAGUUGUGAAUGAGAAAUAAACUAAAAUUGGAUCAUGA